CGCUGGAAAACAACAUUUGGGACUGAAAGGAAACAUUUACGAGUUGCGUAUAGGAUGGCUUUGACAGAUUUUACAAUUUUUAGAAAGGCUACACUUUAAAGAAAUUUGGACGCGUUUCCCCUAAAUCAACAUAGAUUUUGAAAAUCAUCGAUUAGGCCCCGCAGAAACUGACCAGCGGUCAAUCAGCUAAAUACAUGCCAGUUUCUGUGAAAAAUUUGCUCUCACAUGUCGCUAACACAUUUCGGCCGUCGAAUGAAUUACAAGAAUAAGACAAGCAAAGAAUUGGGGGAGUCAUUUUACAGCAAAAGUUGACGGGAAAAAGCGGUGCUUUUAUCUUUAAAAACAGAGACAAUUAUACAGAUUUCCUUAGUUCCAAAUUGCCACAUUUUGAAAAGUAUAGGAAAAAGCAAUUAGUUUUGACAUUUCUUUCAAAGCAUUCUCUUUAACUCAAACUGAGUAUUUUUAUUUAAGGAAAAACAAACACCGAGCAUUUUGGUACAUUAACUGCGCAAUGGGAAAAUUUUUUCCCAUACGAAUUCCUCUUGGCGUUCACUUAUACUAUUCCAGUCAGAUUUUCUGUGGCCAUUGCUGUUUGCAGAUUUUUUGAAGACUUUUAACCUUUCGUUGAACAUAAACAGGAGAAAAGGGCAGCGUUGAACUAAGUGAUAUUUAAUCUUGGUCUAUGAUGGAAGUUCUUUGCUUUCGUAAUCAAAAUAGCCUUCUUAAUUGGAAAUGACAAAGGUUAUUUAUAUCAAUUUCGGCAUCGGAGCAAGAAUAACAACAAACGAAUUGUUAUAGUAGAAAAUAUAUUGAAGAACUCACGCAGUUAUUUUGGAAAUUACAACAAAAGUGCAAUUCAGUCUUUGUGACAAAGAAUUCAAAUCUGAACGUUAAACCAGGCGAAAUUUCUUAAAUUUCUUAAUUUCUUAAAGUUCUUCACGCAGCUCAAGAUCACUCGCAUAAUUUCCUUGACAGCCAUAUUAAUUGCGUCAACGAAUAUCCGGUCUUUGCCUUUUGAAAUGAUUUUUCUUUUACUGGGAAAAUGUGAUUGGGUAGAGCGUUAAACGUUCUGAAAUGUUCUGUCUUGCAGAACAGUGGCAAAUAAACAAGAUGGAAAAUACGAGUGCAUUCUGUCUUCUAAAGCAAACACGUCUUGCAGGAUCCUUCAUAUAAUUACGUCACUUUUGUCUUUAUUGAGUACAUACCUUUGUUUUUGCAUAUUAAACAUAAUAAUAUCGGCAACACGAACGAAGCGCCGAAUUCAUUUGAACUGAAGACAGACCGCAGUGCGUGACUGAAACCGCUCCUAGUUUUAAUCAAAAUUUCGCUCUACUCACGGCACGUUCCAGCUGAGAUUACACCCGCUAGAAAUGUACACAAUCCCAGAUGUUUAGAAGUAUCUGUAUACUACUACACACAAUAUUAGGCUUGUCGUGAAUUCUGGAUAACAAGGCAUCGAGCAACCCUCAACAUUUCUGCAAACUGCAGACGUACAAGACAACGAUCUCGUUGGCAGUAUUCACAUGCUUAAAUAUGUGCUUAUCUGCCGUUUUACUGGUCUUCGUCGUCGUGAUAACUAUAAUAUGCAUUCGAUAUUACCAAAACAAGCACGAAUUUAAACCUUGUCUAUAUUACAAGAAGUCGCGAAUAAGUGUGGUCAUUAAGAAAGGAUGCAAACGGUUGAAUGAAGACUAUAAGCCGACAUUCUGGGCCAGAAAUGGUCACCUUCAGACUUUACUCCCCUGGGUUUGGCCUUGUUGGCAGGAGGAACUUGAGUUUAGGCGUGAAUAUUUACAAAUGGCUGACAAAGGAGUCAUCGCGUUGGACUGGAUGGAAGUAGAUGAGACAGCAAUGAAAAAAGUGAGUCCGGUGAUGCUUCUUAUUCCUGACCUGACCGGUGUGGCCGCCAAUAUGGCUGCGGUCUGCACCGAGGUUCUGGCGCGAAACUUUCGCCCGGUGGUCUUCAACAGACGGGGUCACUGUAGUACCGCAUUAUCGACAUAUCGCUUGCAAAGCUUUGGGGACGCACGUGAUUUGGAAGAAGCUAUUCAAUUUAUACAUCAUAUGUAUCCUUAUUCGGAAAUCUUUGCAAUUGGUUUUUCUACAGGUUCAGGACUUCUUAUGUCAUACCUCGGAGAGGUGGGCAAUGCAUCGCAAUUGAAUGCUGCAGUUUGUAUUUCACCUUGUUACGAUGCCGAAGGGCUGUUUAAAUCUAACAAUGUUCCCGAGCCGUAUAACUGGCUUUGGACGUUCAAACUCAAAUGUGUUCUUCGCCAACAUCCUUGCUUAGGAAAUGUGAUAAACUAUAACCUUGCACUUCAGAGUUCAAGCAUAAAAGAGCUGGAUGAGCGGGUGUAUGUCAAAUUAAACCAGUACAAUUCCUUGGCCGAGUAUUGGAAAUAUAACGACCCUAUGCGUAGUAUCACCAACAUUCACAUACCAGUACUCUGCAUUAGUGCUCUCGAUGAUCCAAUUUGUACAAAAGAUACAAUUCCGUUUAGCCUUUUCAAGACUUCUUCUAAUUUAUUUCUGGUGACUACUGAGAAAGGAGGCCAUUGUGGAUUCCUAGAGAAUGGUCUGCCUACUUCAUGGGCAAAUAAACUCGCUUGUGAUUAUCUUGAGACGGUGUAUCAUCAAGGGAUACCGAAACAGCCGGAAGAGAAUCAUAUUCAUUUCUUUCCAGAAUUCAAUGGUACAAGAAACAGAAGUUAUACAACGUAAGAGGCAAAAACGAAAUUUGCACUGUUAUUUGACUUGUCUAUAUAGCAAAGAGUUUUUCAGAAAUUCUAGGACAUUUUUGUUACAUACCAAGGUGCAAUUAAUUUAAGUGCGUCGCGUCUAAAUAAACAAAACGAUGUUAAAAUUUGUGUUUUGUCUGGCCCCUUUUAUUCCAAUCGGAAAUGGCCCACCAAAAUUAUUUGCCUAACACGCCUGGCAAACAUCGCAACUGAGGUCUUGCAAGCAUGGAACGAUGGCGACAAUCUAGCCUUGUAUUAAAUAAAGAUUCCCAAUUGCAGAACGUGCCAUUGUAUAACUUAUAAACUAAAACAUAAUGUCCUUUCGGUUGAGCAGAAGGACUCUUCUGAGUGGGGCUAAAGCAUAUUUAAGUCGGAUUAUCAAAAAUAAUCAGGCAUUUACAUAUUUAUGAGACCUUUCAUUUAACUCAA